GCGCCUCAACUUCCGGGUUAAGUUUGUUUGCUGGUAUGAGUCGACUGGAGGUCAUGUAAUAAAGUCUGUCGUUUGAGUAGUUUACUCCACAAUCCGUGUGUAUAAAUCCCAUGGCUACUGCAAUCACACUAUUGUUAAUCUAAUAACACCGUGUUUAUAUAAGAAGCCAUGUCGCAAGCAUCGUCUGGAUUCAACCCGGCUGCGCAAAUACCACAUGGGUCUGGCAAGGGUCCUGUAGGGGCUGCUUAUGUUCCUACUGAAGAUGAGAGGCGUGUCUUUAAGGAAUGUAAUUCAGAAAGCUUCUUUUACAGAUCCUUGCCCUUUUCUGCAAUUGCGAUGGCAGUCACUCAGGCAAUGGUAUCUAGAGGAAUCCUUGCUCCAUCGCCCCGAUUUGGCUCCAUUCCCAAAGUUGCCAUUGCUGGCAUAUUUGGAUACAUCGGUGGGAAGAUGUCCUACAUGAGGGUCUGUCAAGAAAAGUUUAUGAAAUUAGAGAACUCCCCUCUUGGAGAGGCACUGCGACAGGGACGUCUUCGUCACGUGCCUUCUGAGUUUAACCAAUCAGAGUUUCCAAACCCAGCAUCUCAACAGCCUGGUUCCGAGUCUUUGUUUCAACCUCCGACAGACCACAGCUCGGUGUCUGAGGGAUACAGCAGUUACACGAGCGAUUAUACCUACAGCCACCCCUCCCAAUCAUACGAACCCUCACCCUUAAGUUCUGGAUUUAGCGAUUCUGGUCCUGUGGUGUUUCGGGAUGACCAACCCCCUCAAGCUCCGCUCUAUAUAGAUGAGGACGUGCCCAAGAAGAAGCCUGUGUUGUAUGAGGACCUGCGCAAUAAAAACAGAGAGAACUAUGAGGUCACUCUCACACAGAAAGCCGAAACCCUGAUGAAACCGCAAGCAGAAGUAGCAGCAUCUAAAAAGGAUGUUAAAAAGAACAAGUAUGGAGAUGCUUGGGAUGAAUGAGAAUGAUCAACCUGUAAACCUUGUUGAAAACAGCUGAAUAUAUGGGAACUCCUGUUGUUUUAUGCCUAAACCGCCAGAUCAGGCAGAAAGCCUCAAAUUCACACUGCAAAUGAAUGUACCUUUUAGGGGGAAAUCUCAGUUGUGGAAAUGAAUGCAAAUUUGUUUGCAACUUUAUUUGGAAUUGAUUGCAUAAAUGGUAUGAAAACAAAUCUUUAUCCAGUUUGCUUCUUGCUGUAAGUGGAUUUAAGUUCUAUUAAUAUCAGUGUUUCAAUUAUGUCUGAUAUAAAUACAUAUUUAUGAAAUGUAUUUAUGAAAUAAAUACAUUUUUCAAAUGGAAUUAUUUACCAUAAACCCAAAAUGCAACUUUUUUUACUAAAAAUUUUAAAAGGAAAAUGUGAACAGGUAACCAGUUAUGCUUUGAAUAUUUUUGGACUUGGACCGGUGAUAAUAACAUCUCUGAUGUUACAAUUAUUACAGUGUCAUAGCCUCUACAGGAGAUAAGACAAAGAUAUGCUUGUUCUAAGUUUUACAAUGUUUCAUUUUUGUUUUCAUUAUUUUAAAGAAAGUAAAUCUGUUAAUAAACAGAAGGCUUUAAAUGA